UCUGAACUGCCGAGCGGAUACCAGGAGAUGCCACGGACAUGCCACAAGGUUGCUGCAGACUGCCACAGACUGCCUCUGCGGUGCCACUACCUGCCAAUGCCACUGGGAGGAUCUCGGCGCUGCUGGAGAUAAGGUGGUUAGCAGUAAUUUUAAGGGACUUGGGAUGCAGCCAUGCAUUUUUCAAAUCUAUGCCGUAACUCCUCGACCAUUUACGCUAUCGACGUAAUUCCAACGGAUUCUGAAAGCUGAGAAGCGAAGCUUCAACAUUACGGUAGUGGCGUUGUGCCGCUGUGGGGAGGGGCGGAAGUCAGCCGAGUUGUGGAGUGACGUCUGGAGAAGGAGAGUUGAACUUUGAGUAAUCUCUCAAGACAGAUUCUGCAAUUUACAUUGUAAAGGAAGAAAACAUUUUUUUUUGUUUUGUUUUUGACCGAUGGAUUUCCAGAUUGAAGUUUGAGUGAUUUAGCGGUAUUUUAGCGGACAUUUGGUGGAGUUUUAGUGGCGUUUUCAUUGUAAAUAAUAUUUAGUGCUGUUGUAAAUGAUGUUUAGUGUUUUUUUCUGAGAGUUUUUGAGUGUUUUUUGCCGUGUUUUAAUCGUGUUUUAUCACAGUUCGUCUUGUUUGCCAUGGUUCGCCUUUUUCGAAAUAGUUCGUGUUUUUAUAGUGUUUCUAUAGAGUUCAUUGAUAGAUUUUUUUAGAUAGAUUUUUUGUAAAUAUUGGAGGAGAAAUGUCGAUGAGGUCGACGACGGACAGGAGAGUCCCCUUGCGAUUUGUGGACAAGGAGGACGGACCGGAGGAGACAGGGGGUGGAGUGUCCUCAUCUCAACCACAAGAUUCUUCUAAUGAAGGGCCGUCCUCCAGCAGUGGUACAGGGCGGGGACGGAGUCGGUUCCGUGGCCAAGGCCGACGUAGAGGUGCUGAUGCUGAUGCUGCUGGUGAUGCCCCUCGUAGCCGGUCACCGCAUCGUCAGGAGGCCUGGAAGACGGAGGCAGACCCUGACACUGCAAACCCUCACCCACCCAGAUUCUGCCCCAAGCGUACCCCUGGUGUGCAACCUCCUCUCACCACUGGCACCCAAGGACCACGUGAUAUUUUUUCUCUUUUUUUUGACACCGAGGUGCUGAAGCUGUUGUGUGCAAACACGAACAAAAAUGCAGUGAGAAAUUUGAGAUUAGGGAAGAAGUUUGCGUGGACUGACAUCACCCCAGAGGAGCUCACAAAAUACCUGGGGAUGUUACUAUUCAUGUCUGUGUGCAACUUCCCAAAAAUUACGGACUUUUGGAGGAAGAAAACAAUUUUUCAAGUACCCUUUCCGGCUUCCGUCAUGUCAAGAGACAGGUUUACAGCAAUCACCUCCAACUUGUACAUGAGUGAUCCAGAGGAGGACGCGGUCAAUAACCAGAAAAAGGGGACAGAGAAGUAUGACCUCCUGCAAAAGGUCAGAUCUCUCCUCGACAUAAUCAGGAACCGCUGCAAGAGCGUUUACCAUCCCAGGAAGCACAUUUCGGUGGACGAGAGGAUGGUCGCCACAAAGGCUCGCCUCAAAAUAAAACAGUACAUGAAGGCCAAGCCGACAAAAUGGGGCCUGAAAUUUUUUGUGUUGGCUGAUGUAAACGGCUACACAGUCGACUACAAGCUGUAUACAGGGAAGGCCCAGGGUGCCUCAGGGAAUGGGCUUUACUUUGAUGUGGUGGCGGAGCUGGUCAACAAGGACUAUCUGAGGAGUGGCUACAUCGUCUAUUGUGACAACUUUUACACAAGCCCCCUCCUGUUCCGUCACCUGAGCCAGCAGGGGUUUGGGGCUUGUGGGACUUACAGGCAGAGCAGGGUUGGAGUCCCAACGACUCAGGAGAACGCCCUGGACAAAAAGUCAAAGAGAGGCUCCAUCAGGUGGAUCAGGGACGGUGACCUGCUCUUCGUCAAAUGGAUGGACACCAGGGAGGUCUCCAUCUGCACCACUGUCCAUCCUGUGUACACAGGGGACACUGUCUUGAGGUGGCAGAAGAGCGGAGACGGGCACAGUCAGAGGGUCCCUCUCCCCAGACCUACAGCUGUGAGUGAGUACAACAAGUACAUGGGGGGAGUGGAUACCUCUGACCAGAUGCUGGGGACGAACUCCGUUCACAGAAAAACAAAGAGAUGGCCCAUGACUGUUUUUCAGCACCUUUUGGACAUUGCUGUCACCAACAGCUUCAUUAUGCACAAGGACCUCAGCAUGAGGCAGCAGCAGAGGCCCAUGACACGACAGGCUUUCCAGGAGGAGCUGUGUGCCAAGCUGCUCGGUGUGCCACUGGCUGGCCCACCAAACCCCCCUGCUGGAGGCCACUUUCCUGUCCCCACCAACAGUAGAGAGGACACAGAAAAAAGCCAGAAGGCAAGCCUGGGGAGGAAGCGGUGCACUCUGUGCAAAAAAAGUACACCCUGGAUGUGUGAGGAGUGCAAGGUUGGGCUCUGCCUUCAGCUAGACAGGAACUGUUUCAAAGAGUACCACACCUAAAAAAAAGCUUUACGUGGACAAAUAAAACAACCUGUAACAGGGACUGUGAAAGCUCUAGGCAAACAACUGUUUGAGAAGAUGUAAUAUAAGUUCAUUUUCAUUUUUGUAAUCUCAAAAUUGUUGUUCAUGUACAUUUUAAAUUGUUUCUAAAUAGAAAACUGAUAAAAAUUCAAAUCCGUUUUUUUACUUUUUUGUUAUUACACACAGUUUUAAGCAUUUAUAACAUAUAAUAAUGACAAAUACUUGCCAGAUUUUGAAUGUUACAUUUCUCCUGAAAAAAUGGACAAAAUAAUUUACACAAAGGACAUUUUCUGACACAUUUAUUGAAAAAAAAAAGAAGACAAAAAGUACCAGGCGGACUGUAUAAUUAUAGUAGGUAAAGGGUUAAAAAAUGAUGAAUUUAUAUGAUCCCCAAAAACAUUUUGAAAGCCAUUAUCAGUAAUGCAGGAGAUUAAUGUUCAAGUUCAAGAGAUGGAGGUUAUGAGAGAUCAGCAAUUCAGAUGUAUUAGUUAGGAUUAAAUGUUUUUACAUUUAAAAUGGUUUUAAAAGUUUCAGUCAGGCAGGCAAAUGUUACUGUUUUUGGUCUUUUAAGUAUGGGUUGUCAACUCUGUUAUUCAUGUCUGCAUACCCUCCACUAUAAACUCUU